AUGGCGACCGAUCAGAAUGCCCCGCCUCCGGUGGCCGACUCGACCCUACAACUCGACAUAGCCAAGCUUCAUGGUCUCCCGUCCGAGCAGCAGGACCUCUACCUCUUGACCUUCACCUCGGACCUUUCUCAUUACGCAACCUCUCUGGACGAAGAUGGCGCUUCAGCUCACCAAGUCUGGAUCAAGAAAGAGCUCCUACAGAUUGUCGACCUUCCCUCACCCGCUCCAACACGUGUCAUUCGAAACAACCUCGCGAGCACCUUUGCAUCCCUCUUCGCCAAAGGAAACCGCAAGCUACUAUACGAGUCCAUCAACGACCUGGUUGCCGUCCUGAAUGCUGGGAAAGACAAGCCUCUCAAGGCCAAACAUGCCGCUGCCCACUGUCUAGGCGCAAUCUUCCAAGCUGCUGGAGACAGCGCCAUCAGUCUGUCUAGCUUGACUUGUACCUCCCUUCUGCGCACUCUCAAGUUGGCAUCUAGUCAUGCGGGCUUGCGAAGUGCUAUAUACAAGGCCGUGGGCAGAGUCGCUAGGGGCAUUGGCAACUCGAUUGACGAGUCUGUCGCAAAGGAGACCUGGAAAUCGGCUCGCAGUGCUGCUGCAAGCGACAAGGCUCUGCUGGUUCAGAUCAAUGCUUGUUGGUGCCUCGAGCAGCUGGCCACUUGCACCUCUUAUUACGACAACUCGAACGAUUUUGAGAAGCUUCAAGCCGCACUAUGGAAGGCAAUGGACAGUCCCUCGGUUCCCGUGCGUCACGCUGCAUCUACUUGUAUGGCCGCUGUUCUUGUCAAGAGCUUCUCCGAAACUCCUGUACGGGACGUUCUUCCUCCGAAGAAGUCNAAAAAGUCAAAGAAACAAGGAGCUGCUGAUGAGGGCGAGGAAGACGUUGAGCGACCCGCCACACCCGUGUCCUCCAAGCCAAUCACCUCAAUAGCCUUCAGCCUGCUGGAUAUCAUGCGCCAGCUGUCUACCCAAUACUGCAAACCUGUUGCUUCCAACCGGACCCGUGCUGCCAUCGCGAUAUGUUACAAGCAAAUAUUCACCGCGCUGGGUGAGAGCGUCGUUGAGAGACAGUACGGUGUCAUUGCCAAACAUCUGUUUUCCGAGUUAUUAGGUCACCAAAGUCUCACUUACCAUCGCUACCGCACUCUUAUGACCAGGAAGUUUGUCCGCAUAAUACUACAACAUGUGGUGGGAGGCAUGCUUGGAGAAACAUCUCAACUGAACGCCGCCCGAUUCCUUAUGAACGAUAUCAUCAAAGACUAUCCGCAAGUCGUCAAAGAGCGUCCGGAGCCUGGGAAGCAAACACUUACGGCCGCUCUGAGUGCUCUAGCAUCACUAAUAGACAGGUUAGAUGCUGCUGUGAGCAUCAUCUCGGAAGGCUGCCGUGAAUCACUAUUGCAGGUUCUGCAGCAUCCGAGCUACACCGUCCAGGUUCAUGCUUCGAGGUGCAUGCGAUCCUUUGUGCUGGCUUGUCCUCAACAGCUUUUGCCGACAGUGACAAUCUGUAUGAACAGUGUCAACCGGGAGAUUGGUCUGCUUACUGGCCCUCGACAAAGUCCCAGGAGGUGUGCUGGAUAUGCUAACGGCCUUGCUGCUGUCUUGAGCGCUUCAAACAAGCAUCCACUCUAUGGCUCCGUAGAUGUCUACGCUCGUGUGCUUACGCAGGCUACUAAUCUGCUUAAAUCUAGCAGUAACUCUGACUUACGAGUUUCCAGUACCCAAGUGCAGGUCGCUUGGAUCAUGAUAGGCGGCCUCAUGUCACUGGGACCUAAUUUUAUCAAGAUACAUCUCUCGCAGUUAUUGCUCAUGUGGAAGAACGCCCUUGCGCCCCCAAACAAGGACAAUAUGGCACGCCAGAGUCAACUUGAACUGAGUUUCCUUGCUCACGUGCGGGAGUGUGCAUUGGGAUCCGUCAAGGCAUUCUUGCAUUACAACAUCAAACUUUUGACAUCUGAUGUAUCGAGACGUCUUGCGAGCAUGUUACAAAACACUGGGAUGUUUCUCUCUAUCUUGCCUGAAAAGAAGACAUCUGAGGACAUGUCCCAACGCUUGUCUCCCGCCCUGCAAUUGGUCGACUUUGAUCUUAUGGUCAGGCGUAGGGUCUUCCAAUGUUACACUGCUCUCGUGACAGCUAGCCCAGCUGCAGCUUCAGAAAUUGCAACGCAGUCGAACGUUCUGCCGUUAGCUGUAUCUUCAUUCGCUGAUCCAGAUCGUCUCGGGCCUUCGUCAUUAAGCGUAUCGAUUGCUAGUUCUGCUGGUACACUCGACAGCAUUUGGGGAGUUGGCGAUAAUAGUGGCUUCGGUGUCAAUGGCCUGAUCAACGGUCUGGACUGUUCUCCUCUGCCUUUCGAGAAACAGGGCGAAUCGGAAGAUCACUGGACGUCAAGACACAGCUAUGAAGCAAUAAUAGAUAGGACGCCCCCUGCCACAGAAGUGGUGAACAGUGCAAUCGGCAUCUUUGCAUUGGCGCUUCCGUUACAAUCUCCUAGGAUACAGGACAGCAUACUGGAGCAGAUCAACUCUUUCCUAACAUCACCUGCUGUGCAGAAGAGUGUGGCACAAAAGACGGCACUAAGCGCAAAUGUUGCUCUAGCUUUAUUAGUAACCUCCAAGGUAUUGACAGGACAAGUCAAGGGUUUAGAAGGUAAACUCCAGAGCGCGAACGCAGAGAAAAACAUGCAAAAUCUUCUUCACACUUUUGUUGCCGACCCUGAUGAAAGCGUUCGCCACGUUGCUGCUCGGGCUUUGGGUCACCUUUGCGAAGUUGGCGGCAACGACUUGACUUCACGCGAAAUCAGCUACCUGAUCGACACCAUUGUCUCAAACACCGAACCUCAUGUCCGAUCGGGCUGCGCCUUGGCUCUUGCUUGUAUUCACAACUCGCUCGGUGGUAUGGCAGCCAGUUUCCACCUCAAAAACAUUCUUGGUAUAUUCAUGUCUCUCUGCGCCGACCCACAUCCGCUGGUACACUUUUGGGCUCUGGAGAGUCUAAAAAGGAUCGUCGAUUCUGCUGGCUUGACAUUCUCAGGCUAUGUUUCUAGCACAAUCGGUCUUCUUGGUCAGUUGUAUGUACUGGACACACACAAUGCCGAGACUGGACCAUUGGCGUCUUCUAACCUGGAGGUCGAGCUGGAAACGACUGCUGCCAACGUGUGCUGUGUCGAUGCUAUCAUCAACGUGAUGGGUCCAGACCUAUCCGAGAUGGCCAAACCUCGUGGCAUGGUAUUGACUCUUAUUCGACAAUUCCAGACCGAAAGCGAAGUUCUAGUUUUGGUCGAGAGUACCAGAUGCUUGGGCAAUCUCUCCAUGUAUGCACCCGGUCAUAUGGAGUUUGAGAAGUAUGUGAAGCGAUUGCAAGCUGAUCUCGACUCCCAAUCUCCGGAAAUUCGCGACAUGGCUAUCAGAGGACUGGCCAAUCUCAUGCGCAGAGACGCUGAGGAUAUUGUACGCGCUGCCAAUCCUGGUCUAGAAGAAAAGCUGUGGGAUGUCCUCGACCAAAAUCCCGCUCAGGAGACUAUCAAGGAAAUUUUCGUCAAUUGGUUGUCACAGACUGGGAUGACAGACACAGCGGGCUGGAUCCAGCGAUGCAACUUGGUUCUCACCAAAGCCAAGGCUCGUGUCGACAACGCUUCUCAGGAUGAAGCAGCGGCCAAAAAGGCAGCCACUACCGACCUCCAAGACGAAGAAGUUGCAGGCUUCGCUGCUGGAGCAGGCACGAAGGACGAAGAUGCUUCUGCGCCUACAUCAAGCCAAGAACUCAUGAGAUGGCAGGUGCGACUAUUCGGCAUGGACCUCCUCAACAGUCUUUUGGACAGUGUUGUCAAAGAGUCGGCCAUCAACGAAGACAUCCCUGCUUUGGCUUCGCUGCAACAUAGGGUGGCGGAUGUUGUACGAGUCGCUUUCUCUGCUUCCACUGCUAAUGUUGUCGGUCUUCGCAUCCUGGGUCUGCAUAUCAUCGACCAGGUGCUCAGACUUGCCGCUGAAGCCAUCAAUGUUUGCGCCACUUUCGUAUCAACGGGUAUCGUCACCGACAUUGACAGAAUGGGCCGUAUAUUGAAAAUCCUUGUGGCCGCCCUCGAAACUUUUGCAGGAUCUACCGAAACAUCUUCCAUCGGAGAGCUCAAAGGUCUCAGUCCAAAUGCUCAGGUCAUGGUACGCAUGUCUGUUUUCUCCGCAUGGGCUGGCUUGCAGAUCGCCACUGCCGAGCAGAAAUACUUGGUCGAUGUGGUUAAGCCCCAUGUUGCGAAAUUGACGCCGCUUUGGCUGUCUUCCCUUCGAGAGUACUCGCGUUUGCGCUUCGAGCCAGACAUCUCGAAUAACACAAGCGCGACUCCAUUAUCAGAUGACCUCGAGACAGUUUACGCUGCACUGAACCGCGAGACCUUACUCAAAUUCUACCAAGACUCGUGGCUAAGUCUCGUGGAUGCCAUUGCUAGUCUGAUUGAUGAGGAUAGCGAGUUUGUGUUCGAUGCACUUGAUGGCAAGACCCAAGCUGAUGCCGACAAUGGUGUUACCGUGUCCCGCGGAAGCGACAUCAACUACCGUGAAGAACCUGUGGCAUUCUUCUUCGUGUUAUUCGGCCUUGCGUUCGAAGCUCUCGCUAGUAAGCCUGGCGCAGACUCAGCAACUGCAAGAGCACAAAAACUCGAGAUUCUGCAGGCACUCAAGAGAAUCCUUCGACCCUCAAUCUCUGGUAACGCCAUCUACCAAGAGGUCAUUUUCAACGAGACAAUGGAUCUGCUUGAUCGAAUGGUUCUCACAGAGCCAUCGAACGUGCAGACUAUCAUUGUUGAAAUUGCAAGAAACCUCUGCGUUGGCCAUCCUUCGUCGAGGCAGGGCAUGAGUGCAGACGACCAUCUGUCCGAUGACAUUGAUCAACUUUUCGAGUUGACUCGCAUCAUUGUGCUCAUAUUGGCAAGUAUUGUGCCUGGUUUGGCAGAAAGUCCUCGUCCCGUCCGUGCUGAAAUCUCGGACGAGGCUGUCACACUAGCACGUCUCUCACUAGAUGCAUUGGUCGAUGCUUCCGAGGUCUUNCCCUCCAUCAUCAGGGCCGAUCUGCAUGCAUGUAUCUUCCAAAUCUUUGUCACCAUCAUGAGUACGGGUGCAUGUCAGGCGACCCUGAUACCACAAGCAUUACCCAUCUUCCGCCGCUUCAUCAAUGGCGUAGGUGCCGACCCUAGCGAAGACACCAAGAAGCAGAUCCGAAGCACACUCUCUCGCUUCUUGAUGAUCCUCAAAAAUGCUCAGAAACGCGAGUUCGAAGCAUCUUUGCCAUGCGAGAAGAACACUAUCCUAGCAGGAACCAUGCUCAUCACCUCCGCAAACGCUGUUUUCGAGGCCAAUGACCCUGUGCUGCUGCGCUUUGUCGCUGAGUUGACGGAGUGUCUCGACAACCCAAUGACGACCAAGAUGGCUGCUGGCUGUGUACGAACACUUCUCGUCGUUCCCAUCCGAGGCGCCGCUCACUCCGCUAUCUUGUCACGUCUGCUACCACGUCUAGUGACUUUCCUCACCGUGCCCUCUGAUCUCGAAGGCAUCGAACAGAGCCGCACCAUCAUCGUUCAAUCCCUCACCACAGCACUUUCAUCCCUUCCCUUCGACAAGAAACUCGCCGGCUUUGCACUGCUCAUCCCUAUCUUCCUCGCCCGCGCUGAAAAAGAAACAAGCGAGUCUGUGCAGAAAGAGACUGCAGCACGACUGCUAGAUUUGGCGAGUAGUGACGCUAAUGCGUUUAGAGGUGUUGUUGUAAGGUUAAGCAAUGAGCAGAAGGCUCUAAUGGAAAAGGUUAUUAAGGGGUCACAAGGGCCUAAACAAGAGGUUAGAGAGGAAGUUGAAGAGAAAGAGCCUACUAUUGCGCUGAAGAUGAACUUUUGA